AUGUCGUACAAUCCACGCAUGAGCAUGGCUCCUCGCGGCACUUCAACGAACCAGCGAGCUCCAGCUGGCAACGAACAUGAUGCCUUCAUGACUUUGCCUGACAAUGAGAUCGCCGGCUGCAUCACGGACAUUGGAAUCAAAUUCAGUGUACAGGACUUACAGAAACCGAACCCGCAAAUCAUCCAGAAGGUCUUCGAGUGGCUCGCCGAAUUGUUGAUGAACACUACGCGCGAAGUUGUUGCGCCUGCUAUGCGCGCCGCGGCCGAGGACAUGUGUGGCGACGACGCAGAGCGCAUCUUCACAAGCGACACGCGAGACCUGAUGGGCUUCUUUGUCGUCCUGAGGAAGCUUUUGCGCGAGGUUAGUUGCAUGCUCUGGAACACACUGCUCAACGUUGCUGACAGAUGGAAUCAGUGCGGCAUCCAUGAUUUUACAUUCAACGACCUAUACAAGCCUACGCAUGGCCGCCUCGUCAAGAUCUUCUCAUACAUGAUCAACUUCAUCCGCUUCCGCGAAUCGCAAACCGAGGUUAUUGACGAGCAUUUCAACAAAGCCGAACGCACCAAGCUUCGAAUCGAACAGCUAUACGACGACAAGCAAGCAAAGGAGCUGCAGCUCGCAGAUCUCGAGCGCAACCGCGCCGCAACCCAAAGGUUGAUGCAAGAGAAAGAGAAGCGCAACAACGAUAUCAAGAAUAGGUUGCGGGAAUUAAAGAACGCACAAGAGGCGGUUGCAGAAAAGUUGGAGCGCGCAAGAGCGGAGCAAAACAGACUGAAGGAACUCCUGCAACAGAAGGCCGAGAACAAGGAGAACGUGCAGCGGGAGGUCCUGAAGCUCAAGCCGUACACACAACAGAGCCCGACAGCUCUCGAGGAAUCUCUGCGCGACCUGAAUGACAGACUCACUGGAGACAAGGCCCAAAUUGACACCCUAGAUCGCCGCGCACGAGCUCUCCAGACUUCGACCGACUCGUUUGGCGUCGUCGCAACCGACGUCACUUCAUGCACUCGAUUACUAACCGACGUGCAAGCCGACUUGACCAAGGAAGAGGAGGAACUCGCAAAGGCAGCGAGACACAGGGACGCUCUUGCGGACCGAAGCAACAACGUGCGCGACGUCGAAAGACAAGAACGACUUCUGCAAAAACAGCUCGGCAAUAUCAACGCACGCACAGACAAACUGAAGACUAAGGCCGACGAGGAAGCAGAGCGUGCUCGGAAACGCAUGGAAGAACUACGCGACACGCACUCCAAGUUGGCUGAGGAGAGGGGAGAGAAGGGCCGUGAGAUGGAGAGGAGGCGCGUCCGUAUAGAGCAGACUGAGAAGAAGAUGGCAGAGCUCAAGGACAAUAUAGAGAAUGAGGUCCAUGCCGCUCAUGACGAGUACCUGAAGAUGGAGAGUCACAUCAAACUCUACAUCACGGACAUGGAACAGGCCAUAUGA